GACUAAAUGUAUGGCAAAUGAAUGCAAACAUUAUUAAUGAAUACAAAGUUUGGUAAAAAUGUUUGAAAAGUAAAAUGAAUUCUCAAUUUUGUUACACUAUUUGUCUAACAAUUAAUGCAAAGACUGGUAAUGAGGGGCGCAUUGAUAGUCUUGGAGGGCAUCGACAGAGUCGGCAAAAGUACACAAACUAUACGACUUAAGGAAGCACUCGACACAAGACAAGUGACCGCUCAGGUGAUGACUUUUCCUAACCGAUUGACACCAAUCGGCCAAAUGAUCAAUGAAUAUCUUAAAGGCGACAAACAUUUGACUGAUGAGGUCAUUCAUCUGUUGUUUUCUGCUAAUCGAUGGGAACUGAGAGAAGAGAUGUUGCGGUUGUUGUCUUGUGGCACAACUCUGAUCGUCGAUCGGUACGCCUUCUCCGGUGUCGCCUAUUCUGCGGCUAAACCUUCGCUGAACUUUGAAUGGUGUCGACAGUCAGAUAAAGGUCUUCCGCGACCCGAUUCUGUGCUAUAUUUGACAGCUAAUGAAGAUAUCAUUUCAUCGAGAAGUGGUUUUGGCGAUGAAAGGUAUGAAACAAAAGCUUUUCAACAAAUAGUUAAACAAAACUAUGAAAACCUUAGAGAAGACUAUUGGGAAAUAAUUAAUGCCAAUAAAAAUGGUGACGAAGUACACAAAGAACUUCUGGAUUCAGUGUUAAAAACAAUUGAAAGAGUGACCAAUUCUGGUGAUAAUAAUAUCAAGAAAUUAUGGAUCGAUUAAAAUAUUGAGUAAAU